CCCACGCAUGCAUAACAUAAAUACAAACAACUGUGAGGCUUCGAAAAUUGCUGAUAUAUAAUAAAAUUAUAAAAAUAGAAAAUCAAAAUUCAGAGCCCUUCUAAUAGCUCUCAGUGCUGCUAAUUUCCAGACUCCAUUUACUGCCCCCUUCAUAGAAUCAGGUUUGCGGAGCUAAAUAAUUUAUUCUCUUCACCUAAAUUUUCGUCGUUUAUGAGGGUUUAAGUCCUCGACGCGUGAUUUUUUCUACGGUUACCGUUGAAUUGGUGACUUUGGAAAGUUUUGGAUGGCUGCAGAUUGGAAUUUCAUAGAUCUGGAUUAAUGAAAUAUGUACCAGCCCAAGGGUGUGCCUAGUCCAAGCUUAGUUCACGGAAACCAGGUUAUUCGGAGUCAGCCAAUAGAGUGUGGUGCAAGCGUGAUGGAUCCUAUCAGUGGAGCUAACAAUGCAAGUAGCAAUCCAAAUUUGGCCUCUAAGCAACGGCUUCGUUGGACACACGAGCUUCACGAAAGAUUUGUUGAUGCUGUGGCGCAACUUGGAGGGCCAGAUCGAGCUACUCCUAAAGGUGUUCUCAGAGUCAUGGGAGUCCAGGGGUUAACGAUUUACCAUGUAAAAAGCCACUUGCAGAAAUACCGGCUUGCCAAGUAUCUUCCAGAUUCUUCCUCUGAUGGCAAAAAACCCGAAAAGAAAGAAUCCGGAGACACUCAUUCCAGCAUGGAUGGUUCACCUGGAAUAACUGAAGCACUGAAACUGCAGAUGGAGGUUCAGAAACGGCUGCAUGAGCAAUUGGAGGUACAAAGGCAGUUACAGUUGCGGAUAGAAGCCCAAGGAAAGUACUUGAAAAAGAUCAUCGAAGAACAACAGUGUCUCGGUGGUGUUCUCUCGGAUUCCCCUGACCUGGGGGCCCCAGCCCUUGGGCCCGAGGAUGGCCCAAAUUCUGAUAACAAAACUGACCCACCGACUCCAGGCCCAAUAUCUGAGUCACCGCUGGACAAGCCCGUCAAAGAACGUGCCUCCGCCAAAAGCCUUUCUCUGGAUGAAUCAUUUUCCUCUCAUCAUGAGCCGCUAACUCCAGAUUCUGGCUGUCAAUUCGAUAGCCCGAACGAGAGGUCAGGCAAAAAGCAGCGUCUGAAUGCGGAUGUGACAUUUACGAAGCCACAGAUGGUGAUGACACAUUCAAUACUGGAGUCCAGCUUAAGCCCACCUUACCAACAGGCCCACCCGCUUUUCCCAAUGAGAGAACAGUUUGAUAAUCAUUCAUCAGAAUUACCAGCCAGCAGUGGGAAUCACUUGUGAUUGAUUGCUUGAUCGUCUCGUGUUCACUUCCUGAAUAUAUGCAAAUGCAUCGAAACCUUAUUUGGUUGUUCGGAUGUUAGGUUUUAGAAGAGUUAACUGUCAGGACCUUGUUUGGAAUCUUUUGUUUGUGGGUGAAUGACUUUAAUGACUGAUAUAUCGUAGCUUUGUGAAAGCAGUGUAUGUAGACCCUGUGCAUGGUUUUAUUAACAGUUAUCACGGUUAGGAUUUUCCUUUGCCGGUGUGUGAAAAAUCUGUUGUUUGUACUCCUUUGGUAACACUUUAUUCAUUCUAGUGCGUUAUUGGGAAGUUGUGUUUACCGUAUUCUUGAUGUCGAGCAAAUACAAAGAGGAAAUUAAAGUAGGUCUUUGCGAGGGCAUAUAACUAUAGGCUAUAGCUUGUUUCAUA